ACCAAAAAGAUUUCCAAAAAAUAAAAAUAAAAAUGUAUCAAUAGGAAAUUGUCAUUAAUUUUCACACCUUUUAUUGUUGUUGCAGAUUUAAUCACCAUGACGAGCAUCAUCACGGAUGCCGUGGCGGAGGUGAACCGACUAGUCAGGGAGAAUGAGGACCCGCGCACAAAGGACUGGUUCAUGAUGUCCUCGCCGUGGCCGCUUCUGGCGCUCCUGGUGGUGUACGUGUACGGCUGCACCUCGGUCGGCCCCAGGAUAAUGCAGGACCGGCAGCCCUUCAAGCUCACCGGCGUCCUCAUCGCCUACAACUUCCUACAGAUGAUCGGCAGCGCCUGGCUCUUCACAGAGGGCAUGUACGGGGGUUGGAUGAACGAAUACGACUACACGUGCCAACCGGUGGGCACCUCGACGAGUCCCCAGGCAAUGAGGAUGGCUGGAGCAGUAUGGUGGUACUUCGCGUUUAAAGUCAUCGAGCUUUUAGACACGGUGUUCUUCGUCCUCCGCAAGAAGAACAACCAGUUGUCCUUCCUGCACAUGUACCACCACACCGUGAUGCCGCUGUGCGCGUGGGUUGGCACCAAGUUCCUCCCCGGCGGCCACGGCACCUUCAUCGGGCUCAUCAACUGCCUGGUGCACGUCGUCAUGUACUGCUACUACAUGCUGGCCGCCAUCCCCGGCACCAAGAAGUACCUGGGCUGGAAGCCCUGGGUCACCAUCGUCCAACUGGUGCAGUUCGUCAUAGUGUUCUUCCACGCAUCUCAGCCCCUGUACCGCCAGUGCGACUACCCCAAAGCCAUCGCGUCCCUUCUUACCUUCAACGCCGUCCUCUUCAUGUACAUGUUCGGCUCCUUCUACUACCGCACCUACAUCUUAGCUCCCAAGAGGCAGCAGGCGGCCGCGCUUCGCGACGACAAGCACCAGCAAAUGAUCAGCAACAGCAACGGGCUCCUACUCGUCAACAACAACGUGAUCAGCGCCAAGGACAACAACGGCAAGGUGAAGAGCAGCUGAGUAGAUUGGCGUAGAGAGGUGACUCGCAAACCCUAGUCGGUGUGUCUGUGUUGUAUGAGUGUGUGCGAAUUCGUGAAGUUAUCGAAUGAGUGAUUUCCCCGUCACCGGGACUUAAAGACUUGGAAGGGUUCGCUUUCAGAAUCCGUGGCGUCUCAAGGGCGUUGGUGGUCCUGCUCCUUCUCAACUUGUGCUCCGUUCGUCAGUUCUACGCUGGGAAUCUGGAGUAAGGAGGCAUGAUAACGUUUUGUACCUGCCAGGAAAAGUUGUACACUUACUUUUUUAUCUGAACACAAAUUAUUUAGUAUUUAACUUAAAAAAUUAAAUCUUGCUGUUAAUAGUAUUCACAAACCUAUAAACAGCAGAAUUCUAGUAGCUUGUGAAUGUAUGUCUUAGCAAUGUGUGUUACCUACAGCUUGAAAAAUUGGACUCCUUACAAUUUAAUAAGCUGUUAUGAAGAGGAAACUCAGUUGUCAAAUAUCACAAGGGUGAUAAAGUGAUAAGAUCAACAUACAAACCAACUAGUUUAUUACCGAAAGAAAUGAUAUAUAUGUAUGUAUUUAUAAAUGUACUUUUAAAUAUACAGAAGGUUUGGAAGAUACA